UUUAGAGCAACUUUAUUUUGAGAAAACAAUUUUUUAUUAAUUAAAAAAGAUAAAUUUAGGAGAAUGCUAUUUAUUAGUUCAAUCUGUGUAAUAUUUAUAAGUUUGAUUUACUAUAAUUUAAAACGAAAGUCUCUUCUAAUCGAAAGUUUUGUUUGCGAGAUAAAAUAUUUAUUAUUAGGUUUUAAAGAACUUAUAAAUGAUUGGAUAAAUGUAAAAAAUAAUAAGAAUGAUUAUUUACCUCAGACAGGAAGAAUUGCUAUCGUAACAGGAGGAUCCAGAGGAAUUGGAUUUGAAGUAGUAAAAGCAUUUUUAGAACUUGAUAUGGAAGUAAUAAUUGCUUGUAGAACACCUUCUGCAGGUGAGAAAGCUAUUCUCCAAAUUAGAGAAUCUGGUGUUAAUACUGGACAAGCAAAAAUAUAUAAUCUUGAUAAUUCAUCUUUACAAUCUGUAAAACAAUUUGCUACAGAAAUAAAGAAAGAUUAUAAACAGAUUCAUGUUUUAAUUAAUAAUGCUGGUGUCAUGUUUUGUCCUUAUCAAGAAACAAUGGAUAGUUUUGAACAACACUGGGCUGUAAAUUAUUUGUCACAUUUUUUAUUAACAGCUGAACUUUUACCAUUAUUAAAAUCUGGUGGACUUCCUGAACAAUGUAGUAGAAUUAUUAAUAUUACUUCUUGUGCUCAUCUUCUGGGUAAAAUUAAUUUUAAUGACAUUAAUAAUAGAAACAAAUUCCUCACUAAAUAUGCAUAUGCACAAAGUAAAUUGGCACAAGAAAUAUUCACAAAAGGCCUACAAAAUCUUUUAAAACAAAAACAAUAUUAUAUACAAGUUUAUUCUGUACAUCCUGGAUUAGUAUUUACAGAACUUUUUAUACAUUCCUAUAUUUGGAAAUAUAAAUUAUUUUAUCAAUAUAUUUUUAAGACUGCCAAACAAGGAGCUACAUCUAUUAUAUAUGCAGCUAUAAAUAAAACAAUUGAAAACUGUGGUGGUAUGUACAUUAAUAAUUGUCGCCCCAGUCGAGCUCAUUCAGAUGCGUCGAAUUUAUCUAUUCAAAAAAAAUUAUUUGAUUUAUCUCUUCAACAAGUACAACUAAAUGAUUUUUUUCAUUAUGUACAGUGAAAAUAUAGAUGAUUACAUAUUUAUUUAAACAAAUUA